GCAGAAAUAUCAAAAUAACUUAAAUAGAAUUUGUCCUCCAGCUAUCAAAGUUUUUAAUUAAUAACAAAUAAAAAGACCUGUAAAAAAUUUUUUAAGAUGGAAGAAUGGGAUGCGAAGGAUAAAACUCCAGAAACUGAAGAAGUAAUGGAGCCAGCGGGGGAAAUAGCUCCUGUUAUCAUCGAGGAGUUGAGUCAGGUCGACGCUUUACGGGUUGACAUCAAUGAAUUCGUAGAAGCGACUAUCUGUCACUUGCCACCUGAUAGUUCAAACAGAGACGAAGAGGAUAAUAACCUGGUGAUAGGAACUGGACAAGCGUCUGAUGACGAUGAAAACCAGGCGAUGACUCCGGAGGAGGAAGCUAGAAUUACCAGGCAGUUUCUCAACGGCGAGAUGACUUUUUCAGACUUUUCCUUGCUGAUGGACAGAGGUGCUGAUGGAGAUCCUCAACAAGUUGCUGACGACAGAAAACCAUCAAUGGUGAAAGAACCACCCCGAAAGCGCCGUAGAAGAAAUCAAAGUCGACGUCAACAAUUACCUACAGCUUUAAAAGGAUUGAUGGGUGAAGCAAACUUGCAGUACGCACGUGGUCACAAUGAAGUAGCUAUCAGAAUGUGUAUGGAAAUAAUCAGAGAAGUACCAUCAGCACCCGAAGCUUAUCAAACCUUAUCAAUGAUCUACGAGUCCGAAGAUCCCGAAAAAGCGCUCCACUUUGCUCUAAUAGCUGCCCAUUUAUCCCCCAAGGACUGCGACCAGUGGAUCAACCUGGCCAACAAAUCCCUGCAAAGAAGAGACCUUCGCCAAGCAAUAACCUGCUACUUAAAAGCGAUAGCCUCCAACCCCAAGAACGUCGCUCUCUACGAAGCAUACGCGAAGCUUCAAUUAGAUUACAACGGAGAUGAAGAAGCUUACUUUAAAGCCUACAAAAAAUUACUGAAGAAAUUAGACACUGAAGACAACGAAGUGCUGGUGCACUACGCGAAGAAGCUGGCUAAAAUGUACACAGAGAAAGAAAAUUAUUUAGAAGCUGCCAAUGCGAUGGACCAGAUCUUCAGCAAGUGUCCUAGUCGUGUGACUUAUGAUGACGUAAAUAUCUACGCUGAAUUUUUGAUAAAAUUGAAGAAGUUCCGGAGGUGCUUAGACAUUUUAAUUAGUCACACUGGAAUUGGAGUUAAGUAUAGUGAUGAUGAGAGGAAGAUAGUGGAGAGUUGCUGUCUUCCUGAUGACACUCCGAUUGACUUGAAGGUGAGGUUCAUCGUCACUAUGCUGGAAUUGGGAUUCACUGAACAGGUCUUAGGACACAUGGAUGCUUUGUUAGCCUAUGAGGAAGCUGAAAAAUUCGGAGAUUUAUUUCUAGAUAUUGUUGAUGGGCUGAUGCAUGUCCAGGAGUAUACUAGAGCGCUGAAAUUCUUGGAAUUGUUAAUUAGGUGUAAAAAUUACAGCAUGCCUGCGGUCUGGUUGAGGUACGCUGAGUGCCAUGUUGGGUGCAGGCAGCUGAAAGAAGCGAUUUUGGCUUAUGAAAUUGUUACUAAAUUGUCGCCGGAGCUGUUUGAUGCCAAGGUUCACUUGGCGACGUUGUACAAGUGUUUCAAGAUGUACGACUGGGCUAUUAAUAUUUUGGAGCAAAAUAUGGAAGAUCCAAACCAAAUAAUCUACGUAGACGCCUUAUACAUGCGUACCACCUUGCUCUACAAAGUAGAGCGCUACGAAGAAUUCCUUCAAUCAGCUCAAGUACUCUUUUCUCGUCACUGCAUAAAAUUAAGAGAAAAAGCUCAAGUAAAAUGUCUAAUGGCCACAACUUUAAAAAUUCGAAUUGAAAAUCUCCAAAAGUACUGCUUGUCCUUCGGACGGCCGCUGCAAGACACUGUACUUACCUUCCACGAGUCAAAGACACCUCCAACUGACCAGCAAGAGUGGUUGAUCUUCCUCAAAGCCUGUCACGUGGCGUACAAGCUAAAAAAAUUCGGAGUCCUGGAGCGGAUUUGCUUCACAGGACUCACUUCAAAAAAAUUUGAGUCUCAGAUUAGAGACCUUACCUGGCUUUGUUUGUUAUCUUGCAUUUACAACAAUGACUCCUUUAAUGGACACAAUAUUAUCCGAGAGCUGGUGAGAGACACUCACGAGCAAAAUCUCUGGAAUCUUUUGAAUAUUGUUGUUCAAAAAGCAGAUGACACUAGACACAACCGAUUUAUCAUGAGAUUGCUCGGUCGCGUGGAUGCUUAUUCGUAUUUGCACAUUUUGCAAGCCAAUAAUUGCCUCGUGUCCGGGACUUACAAGUAUGCGUUGAAUGAUUAUGUCUCGUUGUUCAAACUUUAUCCUGACCCGCUUAUAGCGAUGCUGAUUGGGGUGACUUUCAUGCAAAUGGGCUGUCAGAAAUUCGCUACUAAGAAACACCAGCUUGUUUCUCAAGCUCUAGCAUUUUUAAAAAAAUACGCCGACCUCAGAGGCCCGGAAAUGAAACAGGAGUCAAAUUACAACAUCGGCCGUGCUUUACACCAGCUUGGAUUCUUAUCAACAGCCCUAAACUUCUACAAACAAGCUUUAGAGUUUCCAGAACCUCCUCAUGACAAAAUCAUCAAAGAAAAUCUAGAUUUAUUAGAUAUUAGACGCGAAGCUGCGUUUAAUAUGCAUCUUAUUUAUUUACAAACUGGAAACAAAGAACUUGCUCGAAUGUAUUUACAUGAAUUUAUUGUUGUUUAAUUAAAAAAA